CCGACUGCGGUAGCUUUUUUUAAAUAUUUUUUCCGCCCUAAAUUCUGUUUCUUAAAUUAUUCAUUUCUAUUUCAUCUGCUAGGUUUAAUCUUCAAUGCAGUUAGUAUGAGGAAUUUCUGCUGUUUUUCUUUCUUUUUGUUUGUGUUUUGGACUUUUAUUUGGAAUAUUCCAGCUCAGAGUUGCCGAGAUUGUUGUUUUUUCAAUAAUUUGCCUGAUUGCUUAAAUUGGAACUGAUUUUCUAGGUGAUACAUGUAACAAUGCAGUUCGAUGGUUUCUGCUUUAAUAACAAAGGCAAUUGCAAUCAUAAUUAUCAUUUUCAUAAACUCUUUCUUUUGCUGUGUUACUUGAUUGUAUCGAUCUUUGUGUUUCUAGCUCUCAAUGUGGAAUGUGUGUGAUUUGGUUAGAGGUAAUUCGACUAUAAUAUUAAAUGAUGCAUUUUGUUAUUAUUUGAGAGGUGCCAGCAUUGUAUAAUUGGAGUUAAAUUUGCUCAUCUGCAUAUUGCCCUUUCCUUAAAAUGCUAAAGAGUGUUAAAGAUAUAAGAGUGUUAUAGGAAAAUGCUGUUUUAUGUUGAAAGGGGGGAUCGAUGAGCUUUGUUGGAUUGGGAGCAUCUAAAGGUUUGGUGAUGUUAUCCAGUGUUCAAUUAGCAUCUCGUUGUUUUAUAAACAUUAGCAUUAGCACGCCUUCAAAUGAUAGACAUCCAUCUGAACCGAGCAGCCUCAUUGCUAAUGCUGUUUAAUGAUAGUGGUUAAGAGUCAUUCAGGUCAUAAGUACAGAUUAUUUGCAAGAAUUUUUCCUGAAUGUUGCGAUCUCCAACUAUAAAGGCUAUUUUUAGCAUUAGAAUAAUUAGGUAUUUCAGAUACGGAGACUGUCAUACUCCCAUAACAUCGUAAAAGUUUCACUUUACAUAUGCCAUUGUGUUUUUGUAUGGUUGUUAGGCCGAACAGAUAUCAUAUUUCAUGAUUCCUUAACGACUAGAUAAAAAGUGAGACGUGUAAUUGCCCAUUGACUCAAGCUCUUGCAUUUCGUUGAACCAUGCAUUUAUAUAUCACGUGGCACCUGACACGUGUAAUUGUCCAUUAACUCGAGUUCUUGCAUUUCAUUUAACCCUACAUUUAUAUAUCACCAUUCCAUUGCAUGUUGUUAGUUUGUCGAUUGUUGAAAUUGACACGUGUGCUAGUUCAUGGCAAUGUAUGUUUGGAUGAACCAGCUGAAACGGGAUUUCAUUGAUAUAACUGAUUCUUGAAUUCCAUUUAAUCCUGAAAUUGUAUAUACCCACUUUAUCCAUGUUUUUCAGCCGCCUUAACUUAAAAAGGAAUUAUUGCAUUGCCAAGAUCUUUGUUUUCGUGCUUUUUUCCUUUUACAUUCUUUAUUGAAAUAUCACUUUUCUCCUUGUAUACUAAAACUUUGCAGCCUUAUGUGAUAGAGCUGACUCUUGAUUUGACGUAAUGUUCUGUUCUUAAAUCCUAGCACAUCCCUGGAGAAUGCUAUCUGACGUGGAACUAACUGGGACCGCAUUAUCAUCUGCCAGAGAACUUCUUCCGAUGGAAAUUAAUCUUGCCAAAGACGUUGAAAGCAGGGUUAGUCGUCCCAGGACUAUUGAGCACGAUUUUUGGCCACUGGAGGAAGUAGAUCCGAAGAAGGCAAGAUUUCCAUGUUGUGUCGUCUGGACACCUCUGCCCAUCGUCUCAUGGUUAGCGCCUUUUAUAGGACAUGUCGGGAUCUGCAAGGAGGAUGGCACCAUCAUAGAUUUCUCCGGCUCCAACCUCAUCAAUGUCAACGACUUUGCAUUUGGUCCUGUUGCCAGAUACCUUCAACUGGAUCGAGAGCAGUGCUGCUUCCCUCCCAACCUCGCGGAACACAGAUGCAAGCAACGGUAUGUGCACGCGGAAUUUGGGACGGCAAUGACAUGGGACGAUGCUAUCCAGACCAGCGGGCGCCACAUUGAGAACAGGUCCUAUAACAUCUUCACCUGCAACUGCCACUCGUUUGUCGCGGACUGCCUGAAUCGGGUCAGCUACGAGGGCUCAAUGAGCUGGAACAUGGUCAACGUGGCGGCUCUCGUUCUGGCCCAGGGGAGGUGGGUCAACGGCCUCUCGGUGCUGAGAUCUUUCAUGCCGUUUCUGGCGGUGCUCUGCAUGGGUCUAUAUGCGGUUGGAUGGCCAUUUGUAAUAGCUCUCCUGUCCUUCUCUUUCCUACUUCUGGUAUGGUUUUUGUUGAGUAAUUAUGUUUUUAAGAACAUGUCAGAUUGUUAGAUGAUGUUCAUACUCUUUUGGUAGACUGAAUAUUAGAGUUUUAUACAUACAUUACUACAUGUUUUGUUA